UCCACGCACGGAAUGAGAAGGACUACACACUACAGACGUAAACAAGCUUUAUGUGUUGUCGAUUCUUCUCAUGUUUUAGUUUCAUUGUGGAUAUAACUUGUGGAUAUAUACAUAAUUUAAGAGCACCCGUCAGUUAACGCCAUGGCGACUUGUCUACGAUUUGGAAUGGCUGUGAGGUGUACGUCAUCGUUUCCAUUGCUACUGCUUCUGAUGAUGACAAGUGUUCAUAGUUGGCUGCAAGAUAUCCAACCCAACAUGGUUGUAGAACAUCCAAAAGAUGUUAAAGAGUUCGUUGGAAAUGGCACCGACCCUGAUUACUUCAAAAUACUGGAGCAAGAUGGUGAUAAGCUGCUAGUGGGCGCAAGAAAUUUCGUCUACACGAUUCAACUUAGAGAGUUCCGCGAGGAUGAGCCACGGAGACUAGAAUGGCCUGCAAACUCCGAGGACGUCAGCAAGUGUCUGAAUAAAGGCAAGUCGGUGUACAAGUGUCACAACUUUAUCCGGGUGUUGAAGAAAGUGGGAACAAACAAAGCGCUCAUCUGUGGCACCAACGCCUUCAAGCCGAUGUGCAGGGAAUAUGUCUUCGACGAAUCGCAAUACCAGUACGUGAUGGUGAGCGAGAGCCCGGGCGAGGCGAAGAGCCCGCUCGAUCCGGAGCAGGACAGCACGGCGGUGUGGGUCGGCGGCGAGCUGUACACGGCGACCGUGCGAGACUUCAUCGCCAGCGACUACAUCAUCUACCGCGAGCCCGUGCGCACGAUGAGCCGCAACAUAGACUGGCUGAACGAGGCUCGUUUCGUCGGUUCCUUUGCACACGACGAUCACGUCUACUUUCUGUUUCGCGAGACAGCUGUGGAAUACACCAAAUGUGGCAAGGCUGUGUACUCGCGUGUGGCGCGCGUCUGCAAGAACGAUCGCGGCGGUCUGCUCGUGCUCGAGGGACAGUGGACAUCAUUCGUCAAGUCUCGGCUCAUCUGCUCCUUGCCCGGCGACUACCCGUUCCACUUCAACGAGAUACAGGCGAGCACGCCACUCGUGGAGACGAUGGUCAACGGCAAGCGGGAGCUUGUGUUCUACGCCGUCUUCACGACGCCAGACAACAGCAUCAGCGGGUCGGCGGUGUGCGCGUUCCGCAUGCGCAACGUCACUGACGCGUUCGACGGGCCGUUCAAGGCGCACGACGUCGACUCCUGCUGGCAGACGGUGCCCUCGAGCAAGGUGCCCUCGCCGCGGCCCGGAACGUGUGUGAAUGAUUCACAAGACUCAAGUCAGCUCCCCGAUACGACCUUGAACUUCAUCAAGGACAAGCCACUAAUGGACAUGCCUGUGCCACCUAUGGGGAGUGAGCCACUGCUGGUGCGCACACAUCUGCAGUCAAAGUUCACGCACAUCACAGUCGAUCCCCAGGUGGUGGCGGUGGACGGAUCCACGUACGACGUUAUGUUCGUCGGAACUAGUGACGGCUUCGUGUUCAAGUCGCUGCACGUGAACUCUGGCGGCGGCGGCGGCGACGACGCGAGGCGGCACAUUGUCGUCGAGCAGGUGCGAGUGCUCAACGUGACGCUGCACGGCAACCUCACCAACCUGUACGUCUACCGGCAGCGCACGCCAGACGGCGACACCGACGAGAAGCUGGUGGUGGUGUCGCAGCGGUCGGUACACGCGCUGCCCGUGCAGCACUGCGCCGUGCGCGUCUCCUGCGCCGGCUGCGUGCAGCUGCAGGACCCCUACUGCGCGUGGGACCGCAAGAAGAAGCUGUGCGUGCACGAUGCCAACCGCGGCGACGCCGCCGACAAGAGGAAACCAUGGAGCACUCCCCACCCUGGACAGUUUAUACAGAACGUUCAGGAUGGCUUUCACGUAGACUGUAAAGAUGUAGAUGAAAAACUUACGUCUACAAGCACAACCCCUGAAGUGACAACACAUCCCGCCACAACCGCACCGCCGAGCACAGAACCGCCGACAACGACCACGGUGGCGCCACCAAGCACUUCCACUCCCGCAGCGCCCUCUGCGACACAGUGCAUUUGCGACUGCUCGAAAGUCGCCAAUGCAUCGUUUGCGAAAUACGUUGUUAAUAAUGAAAUUACUGGUUCAACUGAGGACAUCAAACCCCAGGAGGCACCAGCGAGCAAGUGCGCCCCAGCACUAGAGCCGAGCACCGCGCAGCUGACCGGCUCGUCGCACGCGUACUCUGCCGAGUCGCUGACGCUCGCCAUCGUGCUGACGCUCAUCCUCGCGCUCCUCAUCGGAUUCUGCUUCGGCUACCGCUUCAGCAUGUGGCACGCGCGGCGCGCGCGCGACGGCGAGCCGCCCUACAAGGAGAACAACGAUCUGCGGCGGGCGUCGCGCGAGGCACAGCACCUCAACCACGACGCCGGCUCGAUAGGCAGCGGCGGCUACGUCGUCAACAACAAGCCGCCGGUGAACCUCGUGCUGAACGUCGCGCCGAAGGGCGGCGGCGGCGGCAAGUCGCCGAACAUAUCGACGACGGACUCGGUGUACAACACGAACACGCUGACGAAGGCGAAGAAGGUGUACUUGUAGCGCCCCCUCGUGGCGGGGCGGGCGGCGACGGCGCGGCGGUCGCCGUGCGUCGCCGUAUUUUCCUGGUGCAAUCUCUGUGAGAAUUUGCUACACAGUAUUUUGUAUAGUGCGACGAUGAGUGACGCUCACACGAACCCAGCGCUCCGUACUGUGAUGAUCGGCAAGUCGCUGCAAGGCGGGGACAUUAGGGGAUCGUCGGUCGCAGCGCAUGCGUGGACGCGGUCAGGGGGAUGGGGCGAAGCCAGCAAGCCUUGCCAAGCAGAUGCCAAGCAACAAGCUUUGCCGAGCGGCUGGCAAGCAACCAGCUUUGCCGAGCGGCUUCAACACGCUGUUCAGAUUGUUGUUGUUGUUAUUACCAAGCUAACAGAUGCAAUCCGUUUUGAGUCUCGCAGCGCCACCUGCUGGGGAGAUACUUCUCUCCAUUGUAAACGACUGCAGAUGGAGCAGAGAGGUAGGUGAACAUGCUUCAACCUGACGUGCAACAUACACGGGUGCUGCCUGCAAGAAGCUCGACUAGACAAAAGCAUCCGUUCCGCACCCGCAGCAAGAGAAACUGGAAAUUAGAAACUCGUGCCCAGGCACAUACGUUCAGCUAGCUAUCAGUGUUCCGUGGCUGCAGCUCACAGCGAGCGUCGAAACAUAACUGCUAGCAUGAGACACCAUGAGCAAGCAGUCGUGCAGCUAUCUAAUAUAAGGAAGCGCGUAAAGAUGGUAAUAUAUGCCCGUAGUGUUGUUCUGCACUAUCUAUUCGCAAGCAGUGCAAUGGUGUAUCGCUCAAACCUGCUGUAAUUGCUGUUAAAUUAUUGAGUGUCGUGAUGAAUGCUAGGCAGUAGGAUGACACUGCAGUGGGUGUGCAGCAUUAUGUGCCUGCAUGUGCCUUAUAUACUGGUGACCAACAAUAGUUCGACUACUAAGUAGCAUUAUUUAAGGAGACUGGCAGUAAUGUGUGCGAGUAGGAAAACUGAGACAGCGUGCGAGGCCUGCACGACGAAAUGGUAGCUAAUCAAGUUCACGAGAGAUUGGUGUAUAUAUUAUUAUGUUUGUAAAAAAUAAUUUGUUUGUAAAUACUACUGAAAGACCUUUUUUUUGAGCUCGUCAUCACGGAAGCGUAUCCGUGAUUAUUGUUUUAGUUCCACUUCGAUUUGAAGCUACUGCUGCCUGACAGAACACAGGCACACUUCAGUAGAAUAGAUUAAAACGUGGCCAUAAGUCUCGAACGUUCCUGUUGAUGUUGAAAUACUGUACCGAUAAGUAUAUAGAGUAUAAUUUUUAGUUGAUUCUGUGGGAAACCGUUGUACAGAGAAUAUAGGUAAGCAUUAAAGAAAUCUCAUCUUCGAAUCUCAGCCAGACUUAUUUUAUCAAUACUACAGUGCCACACUCUCAUUUGUGCGCUCAUGGGAAAGGCCUAAUUGUAAAUAGAUGCAGAUGUAGACGUUCCUUGUAGUUUUUCCUCGUCACUGUACAUGUAACACUGACACACAACCAAUCACGGGAUGUAGCAGGUUAAACGUAGUACUUCUGUAAGCUUCCUGCAGACUGUUAUCCAUACCCUUAUACAAUAUUAUAGAUGCUACAAGUCGUUAUCAUGAGUUUAUUUUGGGACGAAUGCCAUACGGUAAUUUCUAGAAUAUUCCGUUACAAAAUGCAUUGUCAGAAGGCGUGCAAUUGUUGUUCUAACUAUCCCACUGGAUAGGAUUAGCUUGUUGCACAAUCAGUGAUUAAUGGUUAUACUUAAUUUGUGUUGAUUUAUCGAGGAAGUAAUCUGCUCAAACUGUCCAGUUGUGCAUCCAAGUGUGUUCAAGGUUGGUGUGGUAGUUUUAUGAUUGGGAACACAGCCAUGAGCAUUAGUUUAAAGUCGAUAAAGUUGUGCUUUGAUGGUGAAAUUGUAUAUAUUAAACCACUAAACAAAA